CUUUUACCGCCCCUUCUGUCGCCGCACUUUUGAUUGUGUGCUUCUCCUGCUUCUUCUUCUUCUUCUUCCGUGUAUCAACGAUUGCCUCCUUUGCGGACUUGCUCGGAUCAUGCGGAUGCCGGCUUAGCAGGCACUUUCGACGGACCCCAGGGAGAGCCGACAGAAGAAAAAAAAAACAGCCUUUGAUAUUCUAUCUUGAAGCAUCAAUCUGACGUUCCGCACCGCUGAGCCUCUGGAUUCGCAGCCAUUCGACACCGACGACUUGUUCUCUUGUCAUUGCCAUUCCAAUUGCAACAGCUGCCACUUGUUGCAACAAUCACAUCAACAACACCAACACCAACAUCCACAAUGGUCCUCACGCACUCCACCAACCACACCUACUCGCACCCCUUCCCGACCGUCACCCUCGCCUACUUCCUGCGCUACUCCUCCCCUCAGCUCAACCCCUUCGCCGCCCACGUCCUCAGCACCGACACCAUCUCCAGCCAUGUCGACCCGGAGACGCAGCGCCUCUACACGACGCGGAUCCACCUCAAGAAGAGCCGCAUGCCCAGCGCAGUCUACAAGCUGCUGCCUGCCAGCGUCUCGGGCGGCAACUCGGGCGAGAAGGCCUCGUACAUUCUCGAGACCAGCGUCGUGGACAUCAAGGAGGGCUGGAUGAAGACGGAGAGCCGCAACCUCAACUUCACCGGCGUGCUCUCCGUCGUGGAGAAGCAGCACUUUAAAGUCCCCAGCUCCCCCGAGGCCGUGGCCCGGAACGAGACCGACGUCAACUCGAGCGUCAUGUUCAAGUCGCGGCUCGGCGAGAAGAUCAGGGGCAAGAUUGGCCAGGCCCAGGAGAGCAGCGGCUGGCUGCCCGGCUUCCUCGGCGGGCUCGGCGCAAAGGGCAUCCAGCGCAGCAUCGAGAGCCUCGCCUCCACCAAGACCAUUGACCAGCUCAGCAAGAGCCGCGACGGCAUGCGGCUUGUCCUCGAGCGGCUGCGCAACGGCGGCGUCAUUGGCGUCAUGGAGAAGCUCCGCCAGGAGCGCCAGAGACAGGCUGCCGCCAUGUAA